AAACAAUAUGAAAUCAAUUUUUGAAUUAAUUGUAUAAAUAGGGAUGUGUAAGUAAAAUUUUAUUUCUUUCUCAUUUCAGUUCUAUCUAAAAGUUACUGUUAAAUUUUGUGCAACAUGCAACAAUUCAACGAAAAGUUAAACUCAGUGUCUUUCAACUUGAAAAUUGUUCCAGACAAGAAAAAUCUGUUUACAAUCGACAAAGCGAGAGUAUUGGGUGACAUUAAAGCUAUCUUCAUCAACGCUAAAGUCACUUCGGCUGAAAUUACGGAUCACUGUGGUAACAAAUAUCGUUAUAGUGAUGGUGAAUUCCUGGACCCUGUUAAGCUUGAUACUUGGACUGAUAAACCUCUAGAUUUGCCUUCAAUUUAUGGAUGGAAAGGUUCAAUUGAUUUGAAGACCAACCAGUUGGGAGAUUUAGUCAGCAAUUUAUCGCCUCUGGGUGGAAAACACGAUGAAUCUUAUGGUUAUUUUUGGAAAUUUGAUGAAAAUUCUUUAAAUUUUCGUCGAGUUAUUGGAGCUACAUCUUUCAAGUCUAAGCUGCCUUCCAAUAUUGCUAACUUUGCUUUCGGAAACAUCGUUAAUGGCGACUGUUUUGUCUCUCAUUUCAGUACUCCGUCAAAAAUACAAAUUGAUGAUUUAAAUGUUGAAUUAGUUCCUCACAAAAAUGAACUAAAUUUAAUGUUUACUAUGAUUGAUGAGAAUGGGACCGAGAAAAAAGUGAUGUUUCGUUAUGAUUGCAACUCAAUUAAAAGUGUUAACAUUCACCAUGUACAGCCCCUUGGUUUCUCCUUUUAUGCCGAACUGUCCAAUGCUCCAAAGAUGUUUGUGGCUGAUGGUCAAAGCUGCCUGAAUAAUGAUAGAAAGCAAAUUGAAUGGAAACGAAAGGGUUCCUGUGGGCGUAUUUCUCAAGAUUUAAUUGGUAAAUGUAAUGUUUUACGAUUAACCUGGUUGUCUUAUGAUACAUCUUAUAUACCGGCUUUGUACCUUUGGCGUCGUCACUUUAAAUUUAAUCUUUCAUUUGGAAGCAUCGUAAAUUACAGCGAUGAAUUUGUUGACGAAUCUACAGAUAUGGAAUUUCCUGAUAAGAUCAAAUAUCUCCUAGCUUGCAUGAAAUCAUUGAGCUUCAAUUAUCAGGACGAUCUUCAAAUUAACCACAAAGGAGAGAAAAUUAUUAACGAAUUUAUGAAAAAACAAAUUGCUGCGGGAAAAAGUGAUCAAGUUCAACAAGCUCUUAAUCGCCUUCACGGUGAUUUUGUUAAUGGUAAAGUUCACAAUGUCUUUGAGCAUUUUAAAUAUCUCUUGACCAAAGUUAAACUGCAAUGGGCCAACAUCAAAGAUCUUGAACGAGACACUGAGCAUAUAAAAUAUGUAAAGACUGCAAUUUUAACUCCGAGCAGAACUGUUUUCAUGCCACCAGUCAUGACAAGAACGUGCAAAUUUCUUGACUUAGCUGAAACAGAUUGUGUUUUACGUGUCAUCUAUAGAGAUGAAAACUAUGGAACUUUGAGUUCUACAUUCAAGAACUUCAAUCAACACAAAGGAAAAAGUUAUGAUGAGGAAAACGUGGACUGUGUAACCUCCAUGUUGAAAGACAGAAUACUUAAAAAUGGCCUUUGUGUUGCUGAUCACACCUAUCAAUACUUCGGUGCAUCUCCAUCACAACUUAAAGAUGGUGGUAUGAUGCUAUAUGCGAAAGACUCACAGAAUCGAACUGCAGCCUCAAUCCGAAACUCACUUGGUAUUGUGAAGGAAAAAAGUGUUCCCAAAUAUAUGUCCAGAAUUGGACUCAGUUUAAGCCAAGUUAUGGCUUUUGUUGAUCUGCCUGAGUAUACAAAAAUAUAUUUAACCAGUGAUAUUUAUGGAGGCUCUCAUCCAGACUCUGGUAAGCCUUAUAAUUUCACUGAUGGAUGUGGUUCCAUAUCAUUGGAAGCUGCUCGUUAUAUUUAUGAUGAUUUAAUUAGACAGAAAGUAUUGGAGCGCAAAGAUGAUGACAGUUAUAUACCAUCAGCGUUUCAAAUAAGGUUCAUGGGAUCAAAAGGAAUGCUGGUAGUUGAUCCUGACCUGAUUGGAAUGACUAUUGUUAUUCGCGAAAGCAUGCAAAAGAUGUAUACCGAGAAAGAUAGACUCGGGAUCGUUAAAGUCUCUGAACCAAGAAGAGCUUAUCUGAACAAGCCUUUUAUUAUGGUUCUAAACCAGAUCGGAUUGUGGAACGAGCUCUUCAUAAAGCUUAUCUUCGCUACAUUCCAGUUGAAUUCUUUGUUUUAUGACGAUCAAGUAGCUUUGAUGACCAUGAAGCUAUAUACACAUUUGAAUCGUGUAGUGAACCUAGACGCUUUUGCUAACUGUAACUUUAGCUUCACGAAUGACUCUUUCUUUCAAGCCAUUUUACAUCUUGCCGUGAAACAAGCUUUUGAUAGUUUGAAGACUAAACAAAGAAUUCCUUUGCCGUGGCUUGAGGCACGAACAAUGCUCGGAGUUUUUGAUACUACAGCAAAAUCUUCAAAGGUUUUAGCUAAUUUUGAAAAAGGUAUCUGUCAACCUCCCGAAUUUCCUGACAGUAUAAAUGGGCUUGGAUCCGGUGUUCUUAAAGCAGGACAAGUUUUUUGUUGGCCUUCUGAUUUUACUGAACCUCUAAGAGGAGAAGUAAUUGUUACAAAAUUUCCAACAUCUGAUCUUGGUGGUGUUCGUAGAUUGGUCGCAGUUGAUUGUAAACAACUGCAUGCGAUAAGAGAUUGUAUAGUGUUUCCAGUAGAUGGUAAACGUCCUCAUCAAGACGAAAUGGCUGGGUCUGAUUUAGAUGGAGAUGAGUAUUGUGUCAUUUGGAUGGACGAUAUCCUCGGAAUUCAAGAACGAAUUCCAAUGACCUAUCCAGAAAACCCUAAAGCUGAAACUCAAGAGGAAAUAAGUGACGAGCUUAUGAUUGAACACCAUAUAAACUGUGUGAGAUCAGAUCAGGUUGGAAUGAUUGCAAAUGCACAGUUAGCAUUAGCUGAUAGUAAAGGUUACGACUCUCCUGUGUGCCGAAGAUUGGGUCGUAAAUAUAAUGGAGCAUUGGAUGCUCCUAAGAAUGGAUUUAAUGCUGAGUAUUUACUUGAACGUGGUGAUCGACCUUUGGAAUUUCCUGAUUUUAUGGAUAAAUGGUCAAUUAAGCCGACAUACUAUUCAACCAGUGCUUGUGGUGAAAUUUAUCGUUUGGUUAAUUUGUAUCAACACUCAUUAAACUUUUUGACUGUGCCUGCAGUAUUUGAACCCAGCUCCGAUAUUGAUGAACGUUUACUUCAUCCAAGAAUGCUGAAAUUUAUUACAUUCGCUACAGAAAGUUUACUUGUUUAUGAAUCAACCAUAAAUCACCUGUUGAAAAUAUAUGGACUCAAAUCGGAAGUUGAGUUAUUCACGGGGAUUCUCGAUGAAUCCUCUUCUUCCAUUCUUAAUGAGUCAAGUCGAUUUAAAGACAAAGAAGACGCAAUGAUAGCCGCUAUAAACUCAUCGCUAAUUAAUAAAAUGGAUGAACUAUUUGAUUCUAAACUGAUCAAUGCAUCCGAAGACGAUAAGAUGGCUGCAGCUUCAGCCAUUUACUAUGUAUCUAAACAGAAAGUCAAAGAAACGACAAAUAGUUAUAUUGGAUUGCCUUUUAUUGGCAAGUGUGGUUUCUACUUACGACAAUACAUGAAAUAUAAAGUUACUACAAAAAAUCAAAUAAAAACGGCAACGACGAACACUGCCGCUAUUCAUAAUCAAUCAAUAAUUGAACAUCCAUUGACGACAUCAGCAAAUAGUAAUAUAAAAGAUAAAGUUAUAAACAUCAUUAAAACGUUUUUAGCCUAUGGUAAAGUGCCAAAAGAUAUAAUCCUGGCAAUCGAAUCGCGAAUCGACAAAGUAAUGAGCCGAGAUGAUUCAUGUGCUGUUGUCAGCUUACCAGAUAAUAAUUUGAUUGCUAAUCUUUUGCAAGAAAUUAACCGUAUAUCGACAAACUUGGCUGGGCUGAAAAAUAAUGAAUUGAAUCUUGAUCAAUUCAUCGAUACUACUAUCCCAACACUAAUUUGGUCGUUAUUGGUCGCUGAAACAAAAGAAGUGACAACGUCAGAUUAUAUUAAUAAAUCUUUCCUGGUUCAGUGUGGUAAGCGAGGAAUACACAAAUCAUUAUGGAUACUUCUCGAGAAAACUUUAGCUGCCGAUACUCAGAUAGAGAUACUAUUUGAGUCAAAGGAAAAUAACUCAAUUCCAGUCGUGAUUCAUGGUUCGCCUAAAUCAAUAUGGAUGGCAAAAAUUAUCAUUGGAAUUCACAAUCGACUAACCUCGAUUAACUUUAAAAACUAUGCAACCUGACAGUAUGUUCAACAAUGUCCACACAUUUCAUUGUUUUCAUACUCGGGUUCUUAGUGGUUACACUAAUCAUCAGGUCUACGACACCAAUGAUAUCAUUUGGGUAAAUCGUUUGAAGCAUCAAAUCGUAAAUCCAAUAACAUCGGCUGUAAACUUUUAUCAUUGAAUGUUAGUUAGACUUGGUGGUUAAUGUAAUAAACCAUAUUUCUAUUAAACAAAUACAAUAGCUAUGCCUGAAUGAAGCACAUCGCUAUUGUAUUAACUAGUCCAUUUAUUGAGAACCAAGAGAGUGCAUGGGACAGAACCUUAACCGAAAGUUACAAUAUAAAACAAAAAAAACGGUUAUUCCGAAGUUUUUCAAUCUUUGAUUGAGAUUUACCCAAAAUUGUUAAACUUUCAAUCUAGAUUCUAUCUCGUUCAGUCCCUUAGCUCUCAAUUAAUGAUCUAGUACAACUUUCUUUUCCUUAUAUUAAUGUAAUCUGACAUUGAAAAUAAAAAAUAAAGUAUUAAAAAUUUAAAAA